ACAUUUUUUUUAAUUUUCAGUGUAUAUUGAGAUAAAAUAUGAGUUACGAUGCAAUAUCAUAAAUCAGAUUUUUUUCAAAAACAUUCGCUGUUUUAAAAAAAUAGUAUAAUUUUCAGCUCGAUUUGAGCUCUGGCUCACAACCUAUCUGAUUCAAGUAAUAAAUUGAUCAUUGAUAUUUUUUAUAUGUAAUUCCUCGCUAUUUUUGUUAUUUAGUUUUCUGUGAAACGGACUCAGGAAGCGAGGGGAAAAUGUACUCGGAAGAACCGCGACAACAUUCGUGCUGCGCUCGACAUGAAAAGAUGAUUGACGUCGGAUACGGGAUAUCCGGAGAAGUUAUUCAAAUCGACGUGGGGCAUUGCCGAAAAUUAUGUCCACGACACGUAUCCGAUGAUCCUGGGGAUGCGAGUCGACCAGCGGUGCAGUGCUCACCGGAUGCCCGCUGUCGUGCGAGAGCCGUUAAACUAGAGAGGGUGUCAACACUGCAGGGCGUACGCGUCAUCGAGGUCUUAGACACGUGCGAAUGUGCACCAGAAGCGUCCUGCAAACGAGAGCCCUACAUUCAUCUCGUGCAUUCCGGUACGCCGCAUCAGGCUGUUGUCGACGUCGGGGUUUGCAUCGGUCAUUGUGGCAAAGAUUUGGGUUGCAAGCCAGUGCGGAAUAGCACGAUUAGCAUCAAAGGACCGAAUGGUGACGAAGUUUAUCAAGUGGUAGAGAACUGCGGUUGUGCCGGUAAUUGUCACCGGAUGGAUCACAUGGAAACCGUAUUAGAUUACAGCGAAGUAACGAUCAAGGAAGGCACAAACACGACCGACGUGAGGCCUGUGAUUCGACAAAUAAAUGUCGGACAAUGUGUCGGGACAUGUCCGGGGAACGAGACGGAGACAUGUCUUUUGCGCGACAAGAAGGAGCCGUCCAGAUGCCUAGCUGGUCUCUAUUCGAAGCAGCAUUCUUGUACACCAGCCAGAUUUAAGGUGCACGAGUACAGAACUCGACGAGGUGCGAGACGAGAGAUAAUUCAGAUCACUCAGUGCGCUUGCGUCUGAAUUGAGAUUAUCUCACCCGUCAGUCGUCAUUAUCGGCGAUAAUAGAGUAAUAUGGCAGUGUAGUAGACACGUUUUGUGCGCAUAACUCAUGUUCCUAGGUACGUCAUGUACUGAUUCAUAUUACUGAAUAAAGCAACAACGUUUUCCUUCAAUGAA